GCUGCUGCUUCUGCUGAUGCUGCUGAUGCUGGCGCAACACAAACCGUCCGCACACACCGACAGCGGAGCAGAGAGAGAGGAGGGCAGCGUGCAGGAAGGAGGCGGUGCUGCACGGACAACUGCGUCCCACUCCUAAAGCAAACACCUUUACAUCAUCCAGCACAUACUCCUGAUCGCUCCCACACUCAGUUGAUCACAGCUUUCUCGUUCACUGCGGAGGGGAGCUGCGCGAACAUUGAAGCCUCCAGGCCUCCAAGCAUGGACCCCUUACCUGCGGGCCGAGACUCCAGCUCUUCGCCAAGCUCCAAACAAGAACGUUCCUACCCGAGCACUAACCUGAAGCCCAAUCAGGUGGGAGAGACGGUGCUGUACGGAAUACCCAUCGUGUCUUUGGUGAUAGAUGGCCAGGAGAGACUUUGCCUUGCGCAGAUAUCUAACACCCUGUUGAAGAAUUACAGCUACAACGAGAUCCACAAUAGGCGUGUGGCGCUGGGUAUCACCUGCGUCCAGUGCACCCCAGUCCAGCUGGAGAUCCUGCGCAGAGCCGGGGCCAUGCCAAUCUCCUCCAGGCGCUGCGGGAUGAUCACUAAACGCGAGGCAGAGAGACUUUGUAAGUCAUUUCUUGGGGCCCAUUCGCCUCCCAAACUUCCAGAGAAUUUUGCCUUCGAUGUGUCCCACGAGUGCGCCUGGGGGAGUCGAGGCAGCUUCAUCCCGGCCAGAUACAACAGCUCCAGAGCCAAGUGCAUCAAGUGCUCCUAUUGCAACAUGUAUUUUUCACCAAAUAAAUUCAUAUUUCACUCGCAUCGCACGCCGGAGUCCAAGUACACGCAGCCAGACGCAGCAAAUUUCAAUUCUUGGAGACGACAUCUUAAAUUAACAGAUAAAGGCAGCCAGACAGAUGUUCUACACGCGUGGGAAGACGUGAAGGCCAUGUUCAAUGGGGGAAGUCGUAAGAGGACGCUGCCAGGCAGUGGGUCAGACUCCAGCUCCUCGUUAAAAUCACACGGACACAACCGUCCCCAAGGCUCACCCGAGAUUCCUGCAAAAAUCCUCAGCUGCGAGGACAAUCGCGGCGGUAUGAGCAGCGCGCGCAGCUACCCGGUCAUCCCGGUGCCCAAUAAAGGAUUUGGAAUGCUGCAAAAAAUCCCACCGCCGCUGUUCCCACAUCCAUACGGCUUCCCAGCUUUCAGCCUAUGCCAGAAGAAAGAAGACGGUUUGCUGGAGGAGCAGAGCAAGGCGGGCCUCCCGGGCGUGCUGUGGCCCGGUACCAAGGACAGCGCCUAUCACUCCUUCCCCAUGUUCUGGCCUGCGACGGGCGCGCUGCCCAUGCCGCCGUACCCACAGACUCCACACAAACACGCACCACAGCUGCUGUGUCCACCCAGACACGUUGACAUGGACCUACCCGAGCACAGUGACCGCAGCACCAACUCGUCCAAAGACAGCGUAGUUGAUAACGACCGGUGCUCCAGCACUCAGUCCGCGCGUAACGAAGACGACAAGUCCGGGGAUGAGGCGAGGCCGCUGGAGGCGGUGACGCUCGCGCCCCGAAAAAUCAGCUACGUCUCCGCGUUCAGACCCGUCAUUAAAGACGCAGACUGCAUCGCCAAGCUGUACGGCAACAGGGGCGCGUACAACGGCUGUCGCACAGGCUACUUGUCGCCCGAUUUUUUAAGUGAGAGCUCAAGCUACCGAUCCGCGUCCCCCUGCGUGGACAGUGAGGGCGAACCGGACGUGGACGUGGAGACAAACAAAACACCCGAUGAGGAGGAGGAUGAGGAGGAGGUGGAGAACUCCCGGCCUCUGUCCUCGGUGUGCGCUCGGACUCCCCCCGGCUUGGCACACAGUGUUUCCCCCAGCGACUCCGAGUGUAAGAGCGCGCAGGAGAGCAGCGUGUUUGACUCCCAGAAAAUGAGUCUACAUGUGGCCCAGUCCACGGACAGAGAACUGCAGAGCAAGCACUUAUCAGAGACCCACAUAGCCGCGUCUUUCACUGAAGUUUACACACCGGAGAGGAGUGAAGUGCAACAAAAGAGAAGUCCGUAUCAGUUCAGACCUGCCAAUUACCUCAGUGGAGCGCUCACAAAAAACGAUGAGAGUGCGAGUAAAGAGGAGCCGUCUUCAACAGUGGAGGAGAUCGAAACGAAAUCGUUUAAUGAACAAAGCAGCGAAGAAUCCCAACGUGAGCCAGAGGACGGCGAGGACACACCAGCCAGAGCUGUGCCAUCACACGUAGAAAAUCUAGGAAAAGAAGAACUCCAGAAGCAACUAUUAGAGCAGGUUGAGCUGAGGAAAAGGCUGGAACGUGAAUUUCAACAUUUGAAAGAUAAUUUUCAGGAUCAAAUGAAGAGGGAGCUUUCCUACAGAGAGGAGAUGGUUCAGCAGCUCCACAUCGUCAGAGAUGUUGACUCCUCGCCACUGCAGCGGCUCCUGCUCCUUCAAGUCUCCUCUGCUUCCUCCCUGAACCACGUCUCUCCACUGGGGAACGCAGGACGCGUCCGGACACGGCUCCUGGAAAACUGCACAUCACAGGAAACCCACUGGCACUCCUGAGGAUUCGAGUCAAACACCGACUAACUUGUAUACUUGUACAUUUUAUAAACGUGGAUCUACUCAAUUUUUUUCUGAAAAACGAUACAACUGAUAUUUUAUGAUUUGUGGCAAAGUGCAAUGAACAAUGUACUGUAUCUAGUAUUAAAGUUGUUUUUUUUUCGGUUUUCUGUUGUCAAUGAUAAGCUUGUAAAUAGCUAAUUCCUGUGAAUUAGCCUACUACCUUUGCUGUGUUCUUCUCUGCAGGCCAUCUGCUUACUUCAGUGGUUGUGCACUUUAAAUGAGUGAAACUUUUUUUUGGCCUAUACAAAAAUCUGAAUUUGUAGCUGUCAAACCAUUGUAUAUCUCCUGUAUGAAGAAUCUACACAGAACACAGAAGUUAGUAGGCUAAAUGAAUACACCCAACCCUGUAAUAGUUUUCAUCGCUAAUGAAUAAAUCAUUUUAUCAAAAGACGGUGUGGACUCUCGUUCUAACAGGAAUAAU